CCUGGUGUGGUGUCUGUGCACAGUACCCAGGUCAGUGACGGACAGUGGCACACUGUCUCUCUUGAGGUAGAUGGUAACUAUGCUAGACUGGUCCUAGAUCAGGUCCACGCUGCGUCUGGCAAAGCUCCGGGAACUCUCCGCACCCUCAACCUGGACACCAGCAUGUACUUCGGGGGUCAUGCACGGCCAACAUCCGGCUCAGGAAGACUUGUGGUAAAUGGGCUGCGGGGUUGUCUCGAGGGGAUCGUGUUUAAUGGGAGGGAGCUGCCGCUAUCUCAGGUUCGAGGAGUUCACUCAGUCCUGGAGGAGCUGGUCGAGGCCGCUCCCGGUUGCAGCUUGGCUCCUCCACUCCAGGGCUGCUCCAGUAACCCCUGUACCAAUGGAGGCACAUGUUCAUCACUGCCUAACGGAGGGUAUUUCUGUAAGUGCACCGCUGCAUUCAUGGGCACUCACUGUGAGGUCACUAUCAGCCCCUGUGCCUCUAAUCCCUGCCUCUAUGGAGGCACAUGUAUCCCACGAGGAGGAGACUUCUACUGCCAGUGCAGAGGACAAUACUCUGGCCAACG